AUGCCCGGUACAAGCCAGCGCUGUGAAGAACACAGUAUUGCACAAAACAAUCAAGUAUGGUUACAGUUAAGAUGGUUUUCCUAUUUAACUGUAACAAUGUCAUAUGAUUUAAAUAAUUUUCCAAAAAUACUUACCCAAUCACAUAAUCUCACAUUUAAUACCAGUGAUAUCGCUCAGCUGACGUGUCAUGUAACACAAUUGGGCUCACAUCAUGUUACAUGGUUGAAAUACGAUUCAACAAAUUUGCAUCUGCCUCCUCAACCUUUAGCUGUUGGACAAACACUAUUUACCGUUGAUAAACGCUAUUCCAUUUUGUCAUAUGCAACGUCAGAUAUCGAUACCUAUUGGACGUUGGAAAUAUAUCAGAUACAAACAAGUGACGAAGGAUUGUAUGAAUGUAAGAUUAAUAAUAGAAAAGUUAGUGUAUCAAGCAAAGUAACAGUAACAGUACAAGUUCCAAUGGAAAUUCAUCCAUCGAAUUUAUACGCGGAACCGGGGACACGUGUGGCUCUCUAUUGUAACGUCUACAUCAAUGAACCACAAAAUAUUUCACCAGCGUUAUUAUCAAUGUCACCAUCGAUAACGUGGCGUUUUAAUGAAAGUCGUAUCGAGCGUUUAAACGAUGUUAUAGCGACUCCAAAACACGAAAAUAACAUGUCGAUAAGUCAUCUAAUUAUUCGUAAAGCUCAAAUAUUUCAUAGUGGACUAUGGACAUGUAAUUAUAAAAGACAAAGGAGAAGUGCCAUAUUACAUAUUAAAAAAGGUAUAGAACGUGAACAUGAUCAUCAUCGAACAAGUGCAUUGUUAUCAUCAACAUCAUCAUCGACUUUAAAUUCAAAUUUUUAUGUUUUUCUACUCUAUAGUCUAUCGAUUAUUCUUUCCUACAUGCAAUAA